AUGUCUACUAAAAUUCUUCAAAUUUGUACGCACUCAGGAACUUUUCAUGCCGAUGAAACAUUGGCUGUCUUUAUGCUUAAGCUUCUUGGAAGAUUUUCCAACGCCAAAGUUGUGAGGUCAAGAAAGCCGGCCGAUUGGGAAGCAUCUGAUAUUGUCGUGGAUGUGAGUGGAAAGUACGAUGGAAAGAAGUUUUUUGAUCAUCAUCAAAGAGAGUUCACUGGAACAUUCAAUCAUCAGUACAAGACCAAACUUUCUUCUGCCGGAUUGGUGUUCAAGCAUUUUGGAAAGGAAAUCAUAUGCUCUGUGCUAGGAUUUAGUACUGGAAAGAACGCUAAAGACAUCGACUUUGUUUAUGACAGAGUUUACAAAGAUUUCGUUGAAGCUAUUGACGCUAAUGACAACGGUAUCAAUAAGUAUGCAAAUCAAAAUGACUUGAUUCCCAAGUUCCAUGACCGGAACUUCAGUCUUGCCGGUACAGUUGCGAACUUAAACCCUUCUUGGGAUUCAGAUCCUACAGAUGCAGAUUUUGAUGCACAGUUUCAAGUGGCCUCCCAGUUGAUGGGUAAGGCAUUUAUGCAGUUUUUGAACUACAUCGGCAAAUCUUUUCUCCCUGCAAAGCAGUACGUGCAAAAGGCUUUUGAUGAGAGAUUCUCCGUGGAUAAAAGCGGAAAAAUCAUUCUCAUGAAUCAGUAUGUUCCCUGGAAAGAGCAUAUAUAUAACAUAGAGAAGAGCAAUAAUGUCGAAGGACAGAUCUUGUAUGUUUUAUUCCCAGAUAGCAACAACAACUGGAGAAUCACUGCUGUGCCUGUUAGUGCCAGCUCGUUUGAUUCUAGAAAGAAGCUUCCUGCAGAAUGGAGAGGUCUUAGAGAUCAGGCUUUGAGUGACAAGACUGGAAUUCCAAAUUGUGUUUUUAUCCAUGCCGCAGGAUUCACUGGAGGUGUCGAGUCAAAAGAAGGCGCUCUCAAACUUGCUAAGUUAUCCUUGUAA